UGUGUUCAACUGAAAUAGAUUCUGUACAGCAAAGAGCAACGGAGGAGACAAUAAAUAAAGCUGGAAAAAAGCAAAGAAGAAGAUCAAAAGGUGACAGGUCCAGUGCAUUUUGCAUGCCUAUCUCUCCAUCCCUCUCACUCAUUGAUCUCUCAGUUUGCUUGUGUUUGUGUGUAUACUGUGUGAGAGGAGCAAGAAUUUUGCAGACAUGAUUGCUGAUAUAAAUUCAGACCCACAAGAAGAGAAUUAAGAGUAGUGUAUUAAAAUCAAGAAAAGCAUCCUUAAUUGUGAAUGUGGAAGUUACCAAAACAGCCAUAUCCUCAAACUGUUCAACACCUCUCUCUCUCUCUCUCAUUCUUUAGCAUUUUAGCUCCUCAGAUCAUGUGGUUUCUUUAUUAGCUCUGGAAUUUUUUAAUCGCAAAAGAGAAAAUCUUUUGUUUUCUCAUCAUUGAUCAAUUCCACUCUGUCAAGUCCCUUGUUAAAGUGGUUCCCUUGAUGCUUGACAUCGAAGCUCUCUUCAAUCAUUUUCAGUCGCUCAUAAAUGAAAGAGUGAUAGAAAGAGAUGGACUACCAGAGAACCCUUCUCAGAUUUCUCACUGUUUGUUGGUGAGUUCUUGUUGUUUUCAGGGGUUUCAACAGAGUUUCUCGGAGAUGGCUGCUUGAAGAAAAUUCUAAUCUUUGUGAUCUCUUGGAGGUUCUUUUUUAAAGGGUUCUUUUUCAUUUUACCCAUUCUGAAUGCAGGUUAGUUGUUUCUGAAGAAUGUGAUUUGCAGCUUUUCAAAUUCUUCAUUCUUGAUAAUGGGAAUUAAAUUUCUGUAGUUGGUUGAUUUUGGAUUAGUUAAUGGAGAGUCCUUUUAGUUUCUUAUACUGUUAGUGUUAUUGAGAAUUCCUGAUGCUUGGUCUGUUGUUAUCUUCAUUCCUUCAUUAAUAUUCUUGCCAACGGAGAGCUUUUCAUUUGUUGGAGGAAAGAAACUUUUGAUUUUGAUGUAGACCUUUUUGUUCUUCAUCUUUUCUGAAUAGGGAAACAACAGAGCUUUUGGAGUAUUUGUUCCUCUUCUAUUAGGGUCCUCCUUGUUUUUCACUGUAAAUGCCACUCAUUGACUCAAUUUGAGUUUGAAGUCUUGUUCAGUUAUGGCUGAGAUUAGACUUCCCAGGUUAGAGCAGGGCCAAACCAAAAUUAAGAAUGUCCCAAUUGCUGUAACCCCAGAGGGUUUCUGGUGUUGCCCCUCACCUGUUGUGUUUCAAAAGACAACCAAGACACAAAAUCCUCAAAACAAGCCCAAGUCAUCUGCUCCAACCCAGAAUUCUGCACUUCAGAGAAAACCAAAUUCAGUAAAUGAGAAAAAGUCCGGUUCUACAUCGUCUAGGACAAAUCUUGUUACCGAUGAGCAAAAGAGUCAUAGUUCUGAUCCACCUGUUCUGAAUGCGCCGUCUAUGAAUGAAAAGGCACCUCGGCCGAAGCCUGAAAAUGUGCCAAGGAAGGUAACAAUUGAGUUUGGUGAACCAGGGACCAGUGAUCUGAGGGUAAUUUUGCUCGGGAAGCAUGGACUUGCCGUGAAGUUGAGCAUUCACAGGAGCAUACUUGUGGAAAAUAGCAGUUUCUUCGCCAGCAAAAUAUCGGAACAGCAGCCUGUUUUCCCCUGUCUUGAAAUUGAUAACUGUGAUGAUGUGGAGAUAUAUGUGGAAACUAUUGGACUGAUGUACUGCAAAGAACUGAAACAACGGUUGAUGAAGCAAAGUGUUUCACGUGUGCUCCGAAUCCUCAAGGUUGGUGAACAACUGGGUUUCACGACAUGCAUCCAAUCAUGUUUGGAGUACUUGGAAGCAGUCCCUUGGGUUGGGGAAGAGGAAGAAGAGAAAGUGGUUUCUUCAGUCUUGCGUCUUGAGAGCGAAGGCAUCAGAGUCAGACCAGUACUGAAACGAGUUUCUUCUGAAAUUUCAAAAACGCCUAAAGACACCCUUUCUCACAUACUAGAGUUAGUCCUGAAGAGCAAAGAGGAAAAGGGAAGACGGGAGAUGAAAUCUGUUGUACUGAAACUCCUUAGAGAAAACAACAAUCUUCCUAGCUCUUCAGACUCAUCUGACUUGUGUAAUGAAACUCUUUUCAGUUCUUGCAGAAACUCCCUAGAUUCUUUAUUGUCUCUGUUCAGAAAAGCUGCUGAAAGAGAACCAGUAGUGAAGUUGAUGGCUAUAGAGGCCGAUAACCUCUUAUGGUUGCUUGAUAUUUUAGCCGACAGGCAAGCAGCAGACGAGUUCGCCAUAACUUGGGCCAAUCAGCAAGAAUUGGCUUCACUUCACACUAGACUUCCUAUUGUCUAUCGCCACCAUGUUAGCACGAUUACUGCAAGACUCUUUGUUGGAAUAGGAAGAGGGGAACUUCUUCCAUCUAAGGAUACCCGUCAUUUACUGCUGAAAACCUGGCUAGAACCUUUGAUUAACGACUAUAGCUGGUUGCAACAUGGCUGCAGAUCAUUUGAUCGGAAGGUUGUUGAAGAAGGAAUUGGUAGGACGAUUCUCACGCUCCCCCUAGAGGAUCAGCAAAGCAUUUUGCUUUCUUGGUUAGGGAGUUUUCUGAAAGCUGGUGAUAACUGUCCGAAUCUUCAGAGGGCUUUCGAGGUCUGGUGGAGGAGGACUUUCAUCAGACCAUAUGUAGAAUCGGAAGCUCUCCAGCAGUCCAAUAACACGAUGACAACAAAAGUGGAAGAGUAAUAUAAUUAAAAUCCAUUCAACCAACUUGACUUUGAGAAGGAACUUGGACUUGUGGAAGUCGAGGAUGUCUUGUAACUUCGUGGCUGAGACGGCAAGAUAGAAGCUGCAAAACUAGGUAUAACAACAAGAAUACAUUGCUUAACUAGAUACUGAUAUGCGUUAUAUCAGCUUUCCUUCUGAUUGCUGAUUGUAAUUAUUGUUUCCUCGAUAUAUAUGUGAAGAUGAGAUCCAAGAAUUGAUUGUGCAGCUAUGCAAUGAUUUCUGAGUAUCUAGCCCUGAAUGGAGACAGUCUUGCAAUGAAAUUCAGACACUUUUCCUUGUGCUUCUGUUGAAA